CUCCUCUCCCGGCUCCGCCGAGCGCGCUCCCCGCCCGCCGGGCCCCGCGCUUCCCCGACGCCGCAGCCCCGACCCGGGCCGCGCCGGGCGCCGAGAUGAAGGUGCUGGGACACAAGAUCGAGCUGCUGACAGGGCUGCUCCUGCACGACGUGACCAUGGCCGGGCUGCAGGAGCUGCGCUUCCCGGAGGAGAAGCCGCUGCUCCGGGGCCAGGACGCCGCCGAGCUGGAGAACUCUGAUGCCUUCCUCUUGGCCAUGGACACAGACUGGAAGGAGCAUGACAUCGAGACUCCUUACGGCCUUCUGCACGUGGUGAUCCGGGGCUCCCCCAAGGGGAACCGCCCGGCCAUCCUUACCUACCAUGACGUGGGCCUCAACCACAAGCUGUGCUUCAACACCUUCUUCAACUUUGAGGACAUGCAGGAGAUCACCAAGCACUUUGUGGUGUGCCACGUGGAUGCCCCCGGGCAGCAGGUGGGGGCGUCGCAGUUCCCUCAGGGGUACCAGUUUCCCUCCAUGGAGCAGCUAGCCGCCAUGCUCCCCAGCGUGGUGCAGCAUUUUGGGUUCAAGUACGUGAUUGGCAUUGGAGUGGGAGCUGGAGCCUAUGUCCUGGCCAAGUUUGCACUCAUCUUCCCUGACCUGGUGGAGGGGCUGGUGCUGAUGAACAUCGACCCCAAUGGCAAAGGCUGGAUCGACUGGGCUGCCACCAAGCUCUCCGGCCUGACCAGCACUUUACCCGACACGGUGCUUUCCCACCUCUUCAGCCAGGAGGAGCUGGUGAACAACACAGAGUUGGUCCAGAGCUACCGGCAGCAGAUUGGGAACGUGGUGAACCAGGCCAACCUGCAGCUCUUCUGGAACAUGUACAACAGCCGCAGAGACCUGGACAUUAACCGGCCGGGAACGGUGCCCAAUGCCAAGACGCUCCGCUGCCCUGUGAUGCUGGUGGUUGGGGACAAUGCACCUGCCGAGGAUGGGGUGGUCGAGUGCAAUUCCAAGCUGGACCCAACCACCACGACCUUCCUGAAGAUGGCAGAUUCUGGGGGCCUCCCCCAGGUCACACAGCCUGGGAAGCUGACAGAAGCCUUCAAAUACUUCCUGCAAGGCAUGGGCUACAUUGCGUACUUGAAGGACCGGAGGCUGAGUGGAGGAGCAGUGCCCUCAGCCAGCAUGACCCGCCUGGCCCGCUCACGCACCGCGUCCCUCACCAGUGCCGGCUCGGUGGAUGGCAGCCGCCUACAGGCCUGCACCCACUCGGAGAGCAGCGAGGGCCUGGGCCAGAUCAACCACACCAUGGAGGUGUCCUGUUGA